AUGAACUGGGAAUGGAAAUCAACUCCAAGAACGGUGGAUCAGAUCAGUGAGAUUAACAUGCUCACUAACACAGUCGGUGAUUAUCAGCUUAUGGAUGGAAGAGAUAAGUGGAGGUGCACUUUAUCUAGUGAUGGUGCUUUUCAUGUCGAUGCUCUCAGAUUCAAAAUUGAUUGCUGGAACAUACCAUUGAUGGAGACCCACUUAAAAUGGAUUCAUGAGAUUCCAUUAAAGGUGACAUGCUUUAUAUGGAGGGCCAAUUUAGACAGAAUACCAACCGCAUGUGCUCUACUCAAACGAGGCAUUCAACUGGAUUCCCCCAUAUGCACAUAUUACAGGACUGCAGAAGAGGAUAUAUCUCAUGUGCUCCUUCGAUGCCCAAUGGCUAUGCAGGAUGGAGAAGCUUAUGCUUACCUACUUAAUGUUCUUGCUCCAGAACAUUCCAACCCAGGCACAUUGGAUACCAAGGAUCCGACUAAAAUGGAAAAUUUGGUACUUGAGUAUGCAGAAAAAAUGGAUUGCAAAAGAUACUUGGCUCCUAAAGAUAUCGUUGAAGGCUCUGCAAAUCUAAACCUUGCAUUUCUUGCACAUAUUGUUCAAGAUUCACUUAGUAGGUAA